CGUUUGAGUAGUGUUGUCAGUCUACAGUUGGACUCGUCAAGUAACCGAACCGUCCUAGGCGUUAUAUCGCAGGGUUUACUGCCAAGCGCCUAGACUUAAAACAUAAUUGGCGAGAUAAGCUACUGUUGUAAAAAACAUUUCGUGAACGUAGAACAAGAACAAGUUUGUGUGAAAGUGUAGGUCUAGUUUUGUAACCUGUGUGUGUGCGUGUCGGUAGUGAAACGGUCGAUAAAAUUGGUGAUCGUUCUGUGCUAUUUGUGGAUUCCUUACAUACUAUUGGAUUUGUUGGUGAUAAGUUGGAUUUAUGGUUUAAAAAUGCCGUCGAACAAGAAGUUGAUUUCAAAAAUGCGCCAGAUUGCACAGUGGAUCUUAGUUGUGCAUGUGGUUGAAUUUAUAGAAGCAUACUGCACACCACGUGACACAGCCCGCCGCUCCCCACAGCGAAGCCGUCGCUCCAGAGAACAGCGCCGCUCCCCCGAAGCCACCAGAUGGCGUUACGACUCCCGCCGAACAAAUUACGACUUUGACUCUUGUCGAAGGCCGUACGAUUACGAAAGUCGAAGAUAUAACUACGGUAGAGACUUUGACGAGGAUUCGGGAAGGCGAGCAGAGUUUGACGCAGGCUCAGCAAGGCGACGAGCGGAUUACGAGUCCGCUAGAAGGACCGACUUUGAUUUGUCGGCGCCUAGUGUGUCAAGGCGUAGUCCCGAAAGUGCCCCUGAAGGAUCAGUGGAAUCUCCACCAGAACCAGCACCAUCUGCACCAUUGAGGCACGAGAGACAAGCCAGACACAGAUCUCAACCAUAUUACGAAUCAGAAUCAUCAUCAGAGGAUCGCUCAACAUCAUCAGAAGGAGAGGAAGACGAAUUUGGAGAAUUUGAUCCAUUUGCCACAGCACCUUCUCUACAUUCCCCAGACAGUGGUCGUUCAGACCCGCGAUACGCUAACGCGCCGCGAAGGAACCCAAGUCCUUACUACUACGGUGAUUUGUUCAAAACACCUCAACAAGCGCCAACACCAUCAGCCCCAACUAUUUCAACAACGUCAUCUUCUCGUGGUCCACGAUACAGGAAGUCAGCUAGUCUAGACGCACCUCACGUUGCUCCUAGACCAAAUCUACCCAAAAGAUUCUCAGUUGCUGAAGAUGGUUUCCGUGAGCUAGAGCGCUCAUCAUCUUCGUCUGGUGAGAGCGCGUGGAUGCCGCCGAGGCGUCGCGGGCGCGACGCGGCCGGCUGCGCGUGCGCCGCGCCCGAAGAUGUAGAGGAGCAUCGUUCUUCUCGCAGCGUCUUUUACGUGCCAGCGCCUCUGCCCCGCUGGCCGCAAGAGAUGACCACCAGACAGAUUUACGAAACAGCCUUCGACUGUAAAAUUGCCCGAUCGGAUGAUGACUUGGACGACUUUGAUAGAGUCAGUAACCACCCAGCCCUUCUGCAAGCUGAAGACCGAAAGGUCAUUUCUUCCGCAUCAUCGGCUUUUGAAGCUGUUGAGCGCAGCGAACCUGAUUAUAAAGGCCGCCGCAAGGUGACUAUGAAGACGGAUAGUGUUCGCCGCUCUAAAAUCCCAACCAUACGUCAAAAGAGGGAGAAUGAGAACAAUGCAUGUGCCUUGUCUGAGGAAUUAGAAAAAGUUCAUAUUGAAGAAGAUGGCCGAACGGCGUCAGCGUCGCAACUUCCACUACGCGGAUACACGCCUUCACCACCAUCAACAGCCCCUUUGCCAACAAAAUUCCAACAGAAAGACGGAUCUGCCAUGAACAGUAUCAAAAGCGCUCCUAAUUUGCCUCAAUCACAACCAGCACACCCUCGUCUGAAAGACUUAAGGUUGCCUGUAAAGUCUUUACGCGCUCGUGACACUCCUACGAGUAGCGAUGCUAGCAUGGCUGAUGUAAAAGGUUCAGUAUCUACUGAAUUAGAUCUCGGACAGCGUCUAAGAGAUUCCAGUCGCGAAUCUCGCGAUGGUGAUGAUGAAGGAGGGCAAUCAAAAGACGGUAUUUUUUUAGAGAUUAAGGGCCGGCCCACUUCCGAUUCUGACACACCUGAAUUGAAUCGGUACACGGGGCCAAAGGGGGUCGGCCCUAUAAUGGAGUUUAAGGGAAGGCCUGGAGUAAUUCGUCCGCGACGUAAAUAUUCUAGCACGGAAAGUAUGGCGACAAGCAGUAGUGGAGGCAGCAUGGAGUCACUCCGGAGUAGUAAUAGUGAAGGCGAUAGGAGUAGUAGUAGUUCAGAAAGUCGUCAUUCGUCUUCGCUAAGUUCACACAGCUCUGAUUCAGGAAAUGUGCCAUUCACGAAAUCACAUCACAUGCAGUUAUCGGGGUUUGGGCACCAUCCAGCUAAAUUGCAUAUCCUUAGCCCAAUUUCCGAUAAAUCAUCACAAGAACCGGCCUCAGAAACAUCUGAUAAUAAUAAGAAUAAUAAUUCUCAAAAAGUAUCACCUGAAGAUUGUGAAACUGGUAAUACGACGAUGCAAACGACUGUUGAAAUUGUUGCCAAACCUAAACGACGUGCGUUACAAAACAGGAAUCUUUUAAACCUCACAUUUAGACAUUCAACAACUGGCGAUUCUGAAAUUCAAGGCUCCGACAGUGGAAUUUCGAUUCACUCUAGAGAAGGCGUAGACUCACGCAAUACCUUCAUCAAUUUCAAAAAUAGUAAUACUGAAGAGGAACGAAAAGAUGAAGAUGUAGAUCUAUCAGAUCUUCCAUUCGACAUGCCCAAGUUGAGGAGACGACGGGCCGAGGCCGAAGCCGACUUACGAUCCUUGCCAUUUGACAUGCCCAAACUACGUCGAAAAUUACGCGGGCAGUCACUACAACUAAAUAACGACUUUGGAGGGGCUAUCUCGAAUGCCUCUUCUAGCCAAAGCGUGCAAGACUUAAAUCAAGGAAACAAACACAAACCGAAUUUGAAGUUGAAUUUUGAUAGCGGCAGCGGUGGUUCUGGCAGUUCUAAGGGAUUGCACUUAAACUUGGGACCGAUAGCUCCGCCUCGAGAUUUGGUUGAUGCUUCUCUUCCACUUGACCGACAAGGGUGGUACCACGGGACCUUAUCGCGCGUUGAAGCUGAGAGUCUGCUAAGGGAUGCGGAUGAGGGCGCUUUUUUGGUUCGGAACAGCGAAUCAGCAAAACACGACUAUUCGCUAAGUCUGAAGUCAACACGUGGUUUUAUGCACAUGCGUAUUUGCCGUAGUUUAGACGGUUACACUUUGGGUGGUGCGGCGACUGCCUUCCCUACGGUGCCGGCUUUGAUGCGUCACUACGUCACUGCCCAGAGGCUUCCAGUUCGGGGUGCGGAACACAUGGCACUGUCCACACCUCUGCCAGCCGUCCUACUUUGAACAUCCCAUCAGGACAGAUGGGUUUUUAAUUUGAGUGAACCUCGAUCGGACGACCGGUCGGUUCGGAGUUCGGAAAGGUGUACAUAAACAGCGAUCGGAAAUCCAAGGUGUGAUUAUUUUUGUUUAGAUUGCUGAAGAAAGCACAAGUAAAGGAGUUAUUUAACGUAUUUGUAUAGCUUUAGGAAUCCAGUGAAUAAUACCAAAGAGUUAGAAUUCAAUUGCUGACGAACUGGCUUACAUUUAUUUGUAUACGCUCAGGUAGCAAUGUAAUUAUGCUAGUCCAGAAUAUCGCAGCCACAUUAUUAAAUACAUUAUUUAUUCGCAUAUAAUCAUUUUCACAUUUAAAUGUAUCGUAUACUAUGUCUAACGAAAUAGGUACUUAUGUUGUAUUGCUUCGUAUUACUCAUUCAUCGUUUAUCUUAUGCAUUGAUACCAUAUAUCUUUUAUUAAUCAGUGUUAACUAUAUGUAUGUUGUACGUUUGUUUGGUAUUGACGCAAACGAUGAUAUUAAGUAGUUAUAUUGUGUGAUUAUUCGUUUUGCAAAAUAUUUGCGAUGAGUCAUUAAAACAUUAAUCUGACCUCUAUAUUCAUUUGCAAUAACUUGGCCUAAGCAAUAGACUAGUAAACCUAAUUACCUAUUUGCUAAUGGUCUUGUCGUGGAAACACGUCACAGCUUACGGUAGACUUUGAAACAAUAUUAUUCUUGUCUCGAACCGUACCUAUUUACGUAAGUUUGAAAAUAGAGGAAUAUUCCUUUACAUUUGAAACAAUGGCUGUCUCAUGAUGAUACUUAAUUUUAUUAUUGUAAUAGAAAAGCGCUCCAAUGCAGUUACUAUUUAGAACGACAUUGCCAUGAUUCACAGACCACGUAGAUACAGGUGUGAAGAAUCAAGUCUGAAUAUAAAUUCGUUUUAACAAUAAGUGACUCACUAUAAAAACAUUCAACUUUAUAUUAAAAGCGCGUAAACUGCUUACGCAAACUAUAAAAUGUAUUCAGCAAGGUUAAAAACAAAUCAGAUUGCAAACCGUGGAAUAUUUAUGUAGCAAACAUGAAAUAGGUGGGCAAAGUUGUCACAUUGACGAGAAUAUAUGUUUAAAUAGAACCUUGAUACGAUAGAUACAAGGUUGAGUUUAGUAGAACUUGUAAUGGAAUGAGUCAUAAGCACAUGGGUCGAAUAGACACGAAAAUAAUAUCGAUUUAGUACAAAAUUGUACUGAGUAGACCUGUUGUCAGUUGGUACUUUUAUACAAAUUCAAAACAGUAGAUUACUUAUUUAUAACUAACCUUCAAGUGUCUGUAUUAAUUUUAAAAAUAUUCGCUAGUGCAGUUCAUGAGCUGUCGUCAGGCGGUGAAAAUGUCCCGCCAAUAAAAAUUAACACAUACACUUGAGGCACAAAAAAAUUGGCCAACAUGAAACGACACUAAAUAUAAUAAAAUUUUGAUAUAGCUUUCAUACUAUAGUGAAGUUUUAAGCUAAUCAUGACUAAUGGCACAUAACAGAAUUACAUAUAUAAGAUCAUAGAUGAAGAUUGCACAUGUUAUGUAACAUUCACAUCAUAACUUAUUUAUAUUUUUUGUUAUAAUAGAAUUUAAGUAGAGUAACGGGAUGGAUAUGGGGCCCUCAAUAACGGAUAGAUUUAGUUCCUCUUCAUAGUUUUAUAUCACUUGGUACUUCUACAACGAUAUAUUGAUAACCAGUGAUGUAUUCAAUGAAAGGCGUAGCAGCUAUAUUUAAUAGAUUCUUCUGUGAUUUUGUGUUUAAUACAAUAAAAGCCAAAAAAAUGUUGUGUAUUAUAAAAUUAAGUUCAUCGUAUUUAUUAUGUAACGCAUAUUCAUGCUUAUAUAUGUUCACAUUUUGUCUAAUAAAUGUAAAACAAGAUCUCAUGGAAUACUUCCUUUGGAUGGUUCAGUUACCCUAGUGUUAAUUUUGAUUGAUUUGUACCUGAUUUUUUGAGAAACGUUGUUUGAGACUUAAAAUUUAAUUACGUUUUUAACAGAUUUAUUUUGUUAAUUAAUUUAGUGAUCAUUAGAAUAAUAAUAUAAAAGUAGAAAUGUAUGAGAAUGAACGAAUUUUUCGGAUGUAUGUGACAUUUAUUAUUGUAUGUAAUUACUUAACCACCGCGAAGCAGCUUUUGCAAGCGUGCAACUAAUUUUAAUUAUAGAAAUUAAUGUACCGUUUUAUUAUUAAGCUGUGGUACUUAUUACAUGAGAAGGGAAGUCAUUUUGGGUCCAGAAUCAUCGUCACUGACGAUUUUUAACAUCUACAUUUUGUAGAAUAAAAUUUAAUUUCUUAUUCACCCAUCUUAUGUAUUAUGUACAUGUAUGAUUAUGUAGUAAACGCGUAUUGGAAGGUAGGCUAAAGAUAACGGAUGAAAUUCUUAUAUUUGGAAGUUUUGAAAACGUGUCAAAAUUCUUUUUCAUGAGCGAUGUAGGUCCCGAAACGGAGUUAGGUAAAAAUUAUAGCUUAUAGUAGUUAUAAUCAAGUGUAAUUUUGAAGGUGUAGUUUGAAAAUUGACGAUGAAAUAAAUUCCAU